AUGGUAAAGCGGAAAAGCCUGGAUGACACCGACACGGAGUGCGGCAAGGGUAUACCGUUCCCGAUCCAGACCUUCUUAUGGAGGCAGACCAGGUUAGUGUCGUGACAGCCAUUGAUAACAGGUGUUUGCCGCUGCUCACAAUAUACGGGGGUGAGAUUAUAUGUCAACCAAGCUAACUCGCUCCCUUAGUAUAUACAUUUAAAUAUGUGUUGCGUCUGUAUAGAAGGUUUUUAUGUGAGUGUCAAACAAUCGUUUUAUUCCUUAUACACCAGUUGACAGGGUUGUCAUAUCAGGCUAUGCGUCAGUUCAUUUGGGUAGGCUAUUGUAGCCUAUUCAAUGCCUCCAUACAUACAACAAAAUGGAAAGAAAACCCCCCUGAGAAAAACAGCUAGUUCUCGUACAGGGGAUAUGUUCUAGAGGGGAAUAUGUUCUAGAGGGGCCGGGGGGUGGGCAGGCUAAGAUGUCACACCUGUAGACAUGGUCGGGAAAAGGUGAACGUGACUGCCUUAUCAUGCAUCCGCUGUAUACACUAUGUUCACUGUCAUUUGUAGAGGUAGGGCUAGGCUAUAAGCGGUAAAAGCGAUCAUAUUUGAUAGUUUUUGAUGAUACCACUGCCCACUUGCACGAAGACGUUUGGCCGUCUAGCUAACAUUUGCGUCACAACCUAUUCAAUUCAUCCUAUGUAGCUAAUGAUAUUAUUUUGAAACAAUGAUGUAAUGAAAAUUAAACACGCCCCAAUGUUUUCAUGAUUACAGCGCGUUUCUGCGGCCGAAGUUGGGGAAACAAUAUGAGGCAUCUUGUGUGGUAAGCCAUUUUCAUAAUGCAAAAGCUAUGAUUAGAAUGAAUCAUCGCUCAGCUUCUCUCACGGCCUCACCGCACCUGCGAAUUAGGGGAGCAUUUUCCAAUUGCAUUAAGUGGAUUUGGAGUUUGUUAUAUAUUUUAUAUUUUAUUCUGUGCCUUGCCCGUUUGGUUAAACUGUUAUUACCAUGAAUUGUAGCUAGUUAAAACUAAUCUUUAUAAUGAAUUUAUACGUUGUAUUAACACGUAUUUGAGUGUAUGACCAAAUAGUAAAUUGGGCAAUAACUCAGGCUUGCUGCUUUCCCCAAGGCAUAUUGCUUUGCUUCCGGCCACAUAUGGGCCACAUCCACUGGCAUUUAAUGGCCCUUCAGUUUCUGGCUCAGAGUCCUCACUGGCCCAUAUUCAUGAAGCAUCUCCAAGUAGGAGUGCUGAUCUAGGAUCAGUUUAGCCUUUUACAUCAUAAUGAAUAAGAUUACAUGGACAGGGGGACCUGAUCUCAGGUCAGCAUUCCUACUCUGAGACAUUUACUGUGUCUCUCUCCUAGUCCUUUGAGCGGGUGCUGGUGGAGAACAAGCUCCAUGGGCUCUCCCCGGUGCUGUCCGAGGCCAUCCAGAGCAUCUCUCGCUGGGAGCUGGUCCAGGCCGCCCUGCCCCACGUGCUCCACUGCACCGCUGUCCUGCUCUCUAACAGGAACAAGCUGGGUAAACACACACACACACACACACACACACACAAAUGGAUGUAGACACGCAUAGGUGGGGACACCCCCCCCCCCCCCCCCCCCCCGCCCCCCCCCUCCCACCUCACACACCCUCGCGUCCCAUCACACCCAUCAAACCUCUGACCCAGGGGUGUCAAACUUGUUUUGCCCAGCGGGCCGCAUUCAGUCUUCACAGAGGUCCGGAGGGCCGCAUUUAAAAUUGAUGAUAUUUCCUCGCCGACAAAAUUUGUAAAAAAUACUCCUCACUUUUUGAAUUCUCGAUGCUCCCUGACUGUCUAGCUUUCAUUUGGAUGACUGUUAACUAGCUGGACAGAGUGAAGAGACUAUGAGUUGUAGGUCCAUUAUAAUUUCUACACGGUUUCGGUUUGGUUUUAUUCAUUUCCAUUUCCAUUUCCAUUAACAUUGUUUUUUCAUAUAUUUUUUUAAAAAUAAAGGCAUUAAGCGGAUGGAUUCUGUGCUCCGCGUAGCGUUCCCGGAAGUAUUGCAAUGUUGGACCUCUGGGUUUAGAAACUCUGUGCUCAAACCACCAGCGGGCCGGAUUGAACGGGCCAUAUGUUUGACACCCCUGCAUUGACCCCUCACCCCUAACCCCCACUCUAACCCCAGGUCACCAGGACAAGCUGGGAGUGGCGGAGACCAAGCUGCUCCAUACCCUCCACUGGAUGCUACUGGAGGCGUCCCAGGACUGUAACCAGGAGCCCAGCCUGGGCCAUGGCUGGUCAGGGGGCAGCAGCAGCUCAGCCUUCCUCCAACCAAUGGGGAUGGGGAACCAGGGUUCCCCGCCAGCCAGAGGGGGCCAAGGUGGCCCAGGAUCAGGCACCGGUUCUGGGUCAGGAGCGCCACGCCGCAGCGGGUCCCUGGAGGAGGAUGAGCACGCCCGCACCAAGCUCUUCCACAAGAGCAUGGCCACCGUGGAGCUGUUCGUGUUCCUCUUUGCUCCCCUCAUUCACCGCAUCAAGGUACCUAUGAUUCAUCCUUCCUGCUGGACUAUUCUCUAUUGAUCUGUGUGUGUGUAGAUGCUGCGGUUGUGUUUCAUGGCUCUGGGGAAUGCUUUGGUUCCCUACUGUGUGUGUCUGUGUGUGUGUGUUUCUGUGUGUGUGUGUGUGUGUGUGUUUGUGUGUGUAAACUUAGUGUUUAGUGUCUCACUCUUAGAAUGUAAUUCUGUCCCUUUUCGCCGUGUCGUCUAGGAGUCUGACCUGACUUUCCGAUUGGCCAGUGGUCUCGUCAUAUGGCAGCCAAUGUGGGAGCACCGGCAACCUGACGUCCCCGCCUUCUCUGCCCUCAUCAAGCCUGUGAGGAACAUUGUUACAGGUGAGACUGAUGACACCAAAGAAACCAUGUAGUACUGACUAUGGAAUGAUCUGAGUUAUACUCUGCUGUUUUAAAUGAGACAUUAGUAAAAUCCAAAAUAAAUACCAUAAUAAAAAAAGUGAUAUUCUAUUGUAUUCUACACUCUAGACCCUAUAAGGGUUCUUCUGCCCUUUCCAUAGAGGGUUCCUGGAACCGAAAAGGGUUAUUCAAAGGGACCUCUUAUGGGGACAGUCAAAUAACCCUUUUUGGAACCAUUUUUACUAAGAGUGUAUUCUAUUACAUUCUAUUCUAUUCGAUUCUAUUCUGUAACCCACCACCUGUUUUGUCAACAGCCAAGAGGAACUCCCCGGUGAACAACCAGUGCAGCCCCUGUGGGUCCAGAAACCAAGGCCCCAUGGUGAGUGUUCCUCUCAGGCAGCAGUGAGACAGCUGUACCCCUCCUCCAGCUCCCCUCUCCUCCUUCCCCCUUUCCACAGGGUCUCUGCUAAUAUUAUGAACACUUCCCCUUCCUGGUAUGAUCAGUGUGUGUAUGGAGCAUCUGAUUAGCAGAGACUAGAAGCAUAUUGACUGACAGGCUCUUGUUUUCUCUGUCUGCAGGGUUUCCAGGUGGUCUGUGAAACGGCCCAUUCAGAUUCAUCCUCCCCCGGGGCCGGAGAGCAGAGCUGUCGCCGCGGCAACUCAGUGGAGAGAGGUGGGCCAUCAACGCGACAGGCUCCACUUGACAAAGGGAUCGCCAAGAAGAAGUAAGCCGUUAUGAACUGUGCAGCUCACUCACUCACUCACUCAUCACUCACUCACACACACAUUGAGUGCUCAUUCAAAGGUUCCACUCCAUCCCUUGUGUAUUAUGAUCAGUAUAAUGAGUGACAACAGAAAUAGACACAGACAGAAACAGAUCUGUCUCUCCCUCCCUGCCUGCUCUUACCAACGAGACACUUUACCCAGGGUAAUGAUGCUAAACUAACGUGGUGCAUAUCUAAUGCUGGCACUGCCAGUGUGUGUGUGUGUGUGUGUGUGUGUGCAUGUCUAAUGCUGGCAUUGCCAGUCUCCAACUCCCUGUGCCUUGGCCCAGGGCAUCAGGCAGGCACAUAGACAUCGAUCUGCCCACUGACCAACCUGAUCCUCAGACCCAGUGCCCAAUCAGUGCCCGCUUCAGGAGAGGAAGAAUGAUUUGAAUUGAAAUGAUUUGGCAUGCAUCCAGUUAAUGAUAAAUGAAUGCAGUUUUAGGGUGAAACUGUGAGCCUUGAAUACAAGAGUUUAUACAACGGGCGGGUCUAAUCCUGGACGCUGAUUGGUUAAAACCGCAUUCCAGCUGGUGUCUAUUCCGCAAGUUACCACCAGCUAAAGCUAUGAUGUUCAAAUGCCUAUUUACUCUGUUCCAUCUCACUGUGCAAUCCACUGUCUCAUCAGCCCAGCCAGACAAUUUAUAAACUUGAUCUCCACUGUAAAAAGCAUAGACUAGCAAUUGGUUUUCAAUAGUGGAGAUUUGUAUAAAACAUGUGGUCUGUCUCUCUGACAUUUGCAACAUUGUUUUAAUAUUGAAAUUCGAUCUCCAGCUGUCCAAUAGUAAUGAACGUGUUGGGGUCAGGAGUCGGGACGAGACAGACAGGCAGCUUUUCUCAGCCAGUUGAAAUCAUGAAUCAGCGGGCAUCAUUUUUAUGGAUAAAUACAAAUAAAUGUCAUUAUAAACUGGGUGGAAUGCUGAUUGGUUGACAGACCGUAUACCACGGGUAUGACAAAACAUUUAUUUUUACCGCUCUAAUUACGUUGGUAACCAGUUUAUAAGACCAAUAAGGCACCUCGGGGGUUUGUGCUAUAUGGCCAAUAUACAACGGCUAAGGGCUGUGUCCAGGCACUCAGCGGUGCGUCGUGCCAUAUACCACACCCCCUCAUGCCUUAUUGCUUAAACAGAAAACAGGUAAAACUAAACUAAAUGCAGCUAGUUUGCAGUCUUUCCAGCUUCAGUUUGAAGUGAUUGUGUUAGCUGUGUUGUUGACUAGCUCCUCUGAACAAGUGUCCUGACGAGAGCGCACAUUUUAUAUGCCAGGCGAAAUCGCGCAUCAUUAGCUCCUUCUUAUGAAGGUAUCCAAAUAAAGUUGCUAGAAAACAGCUUAAACAAAUGCAAAUGGAGCUACUUUUUUGUUAUUCUGACUGCACUGUUUGACCUUACUGUAAGUUAGCCGUAGUUGUUUAGCUAGCAAGCAAGGGAUAAGAACGUUGCCAGCCAGUAUGGCAAUAGAACAUUUAGAACGAACGACUGGGUUGCGUCCAUAGAUACAGAACAAAAAUACUUAACUAUUGGGUCGCGUCUCAGGCCUAACAACACCCGUGCCAAUAUAUCCUCCAAACACCGGCUUCUUGGGCAUUAUCACUUAAUGGUGUGUUCGAAAAUUAAAUCUGGAGUGCCAGAUUAGUGGCCUCUGUGCGUUCGUAAAUUCAUAGCGUUGUGAGAUUGUCAGUUCGUAAAUUCAGAGCGUUUGGCUCUCAGAGUGUUCAGAGCGCACACUGGACGCCUUGGCCGAGGAGUAGGGUUGAUUCGAGUGCUCUGGCCUCACAACGGAAGUCAAGCACCCAAGCUAACUGGCUAACGUUGGCUAGCUUGCUAGCUACUUCCAGACAUUUUACUUGCCCUAGCAGAGCUGGUUAGGCUGUUUUCAUGUUAUCCAGAGCGUUGGUGACUGUAACUGUGCUGCUGGCAACAAUGUAAUUACAUUUUUUUGCCGACAUUUACUGACACCCGUCAUAUUCAACGGGUGUUGCCCGUUCGUAAAUUCAUCAGUUAUUCUGUGCUCUGACACACUUAGAAGAGAGUGCUCUGAAAUAGGACUAGAUAGCCAGAGUGAAUUUUCGAACGCGCCCUAAGUAUGCCAUAGAAUUAGAAAUUAGAAUACUAGAAUGGACAUGAACCUUCUUAUGAUGGGAUAAAGGUCAGCCAUUUUGGUCAGGGAGUUGUUCAACCAUGAUUUGCCAGUGCUGUGACAAGAUAUUGUGUAAAAUAAUGAAUUUGAAUAAUUUAUCUGCACUGUAUGUUUGUUAGCUAGCUAGCCAGCCAGUUUUAGAGGAAUGAUUCUAUUAAUUUUUCAAAUUAACUGCCAAUAUGCCAACAUUUCAUUCAAACAAUGAAAUCUGUUGAUGAUAGGACUUAGACAAGUACUGAUAUUGUAUCAUAUAAUAGCACUUUCCAAGAAAGGAAACAUUUAGAAAUGUAUGGUCUGUUUACAUAUAUUUUAGAGCCAAUAUAUACAGAACAUUUGUAUAAAACACGUAUAAACUGUAUUUAUAAUUAUAUGACAAUAUUUGAGGUUGACAAUAAUUAUAUUACACAAUGUCUGAUAUAUCACAUGCCUUACUUUUAUUGUCCUGCAUAAGUAAAAUCAGGAUUCUGCCUCUGCUGCCAUUCAUUCCAAUUAGACUGGUUUGGAUUUCUCCCUGACCAAUAUGGCUGCCAUUUUCAACCCAUUUUGGAACUUUUAUGGUUUAUGUCAUAGCCCCUCUAGUAAUUUAAUAGGAUCUCUAUGGUGUGUGCAUUCAAUAAUACAUCACAUUCAAUCAUAGGUUCCGUCAGGCGCGGACUGGGACCAGAAAUCGGCCCUGUCAUUUCUAACACACCGGACCAUUUUUUUCCUCGAGGACCCCACACCGGCCCAUUUUUUUUCCUUGAGGCCCCCUGGGCUAAAAAUUGAUCAGCCCAUCUGGCAUUUGCCCGAAAUGCCAGAGGGCCAGUCCGCCCCUGUGUUACGUCAUCGUAGUUGGUUAAUUUAAUGUGGAUAUUGGGUAUGGAGAAUGAGCGAGAUGUGUCCCAGCCAUCCUCACCUUAAUGCAUUGUGACAGCAGAUUGAAACGAUCCAUCUCUCUUCAUGAGAUUCACGUUCAUAGGACUUCCAGCUGUGAAUCAAAAUAAGCUCUCUCCCCUGAUUAAUACAACUGACGUACAGCUCCAGUGUUGCCAUGCACUCCAAUCACUCCUUUCCACUGUGAUGCGGUGCUGCUGCAGUUUCCAUGGCAACCCCUGCUGCUGCAUCUCCGCAAUGGAGGGAGUCGGGGCUGGGCAGUGUCUCUCCUGGGGGUGGGUGUAUGUACGUAACUCAGUCACCACAGCAACCUCUCCACAACACCAACCGAAAGCUGUGUGUGAGUAUGUCGUCUAGACAGUGUAACACGAUACUGCUCCCGCGUCCUGUUCUCUGCCAUUGAUUCUCCUAGUAUUGACCGUCUCAACCCGACUCAGUUUAAUAGUACAGCUAAGAUGAAAUGCUUUACCCUCCCACCCUCCCUCCCUCCUCCCUCCCUCUGCUUUCACUACAGUAUAAAUCUCAUUCUAUCGUUGUGGUGCGGUGUAGCCCUGUAUAUCGGCUCCUUUGCCGUGCACCAGGGCUGUAUUCAUAAGGCAUCAAAUGUAACCAAAACAGAUUGAAACAGGGAGGGACUCCUUGAGCAUGUCCAAUAAGAAAAGCUAGUUUCGUGUCCCAUUGUAAAAUGUUUUGCUACAGUGUGUCUUAAUAAAUAUGACCCACCAACCAGUGACCUUCAUCUCUGCUGCUGAGUUAAAGUCUUAUUGAUAGUGGGCUCACGUAGGCUGAACAUCCAGUCUCUAGAUCUCCACUCUCCACAGAAAUACAUGCUACAGGGCCUUGUUGUUUAACAUAUUCUGUUGAUGUGGUAUUAAAUGAUGAACGUGGCCGGAAAUUAUGGGGACUGGUAAUUGUAUUAGAGGCGGAUGGAAGUGAUUUGAUUAUUUCAGUCAGAGAUUUACAGAUUGUUCUUUGCAUAGCUAGAACAUAAUAUUAGUCAACAAUCUAGUUUUUUGGAGGGGCUGAUUUGACAAUUUGAGCUCAGUUAGGCUGCUUACAAAUCAUAAACUAUAGUAACAAGUCCUGCCUGCCUUUAACAAUUAUUCGCAAAAGCAUGAAAUUCUCUUCCAAUUUUCUUUGGGAUCUAGGCCGGGUUACUGUAAGGCACAUUGCGAUAACUGCUGAUGUAAAAAUGACUUUUCAGAUUCAGGUCACUAACUUCCAUCCCUCCCACUCUCUCUCCCCCUCCCUCCCUCUCUCCCCCUCCCUCUCUCCCCCUACCUUGUCUCCCCCAGGACCUCUGCCCCCGCGGGCAUCUCAGUCUCCCUGGCCCAGCGUGCCCGCUACGCCACCUACUUUGACGUGGCAAUACUGCGCUGCCUGCUGCAGCCCCACUGGACGGAGGAGGGGGUGCACUGGGCGCUCAUGUUCUACCUGCAGCGCCUGCGUCAGAUCCUGGAGGAGCGCCCGGAACGCCCCCUGGAGCCACUGGUCCCGCCCCUGCCCCGCCCGCGCAGCAGCUCUAUGGUGGCCACCACCCCCUCUCUCGUCAACACCCACAAGACACAGGUGGGUUAUAACCACAGUGUUUAUGUACAUCGUUAGUUAAUACUACAGUAUUAUAUGGUGUUAUAACUACAGUACUGUAAACCCACAAGACACAGGUGGGUUAUAACCACAGUGUUUAUGUACAUCGUUAGUUAAUACUACAGUAUUAUAUGGUGUUAUAACUACAGUACUGUAAACCCACAAGACACAGGUGGGUUAUAACCACAGUGUUUAUGUACAUCGUUAGUUAAUACUACAGUAUUAUAUGGUGUUAUAACUACAGUACUGUAAACCCACAAGACACAGGUGGGUUAUAACCACAGUGUUUAUGUAUAUCGUUAGUUAAUACUACAGUAUUAUAUGGUGUUAUAACGACAGUACUGUAAACCCACAAGACACAGGUGGGUUAUAACCACAGUGUUUAUGUAUAUCGUUAGUUAAUACUACAGUAUUAUAUGGUGUUAUAACGACAGUACUGUAAAGCCAUAAGACACAGGUAAUAAGUAGUAGUAUUUGUAGUAAAACUAAUAGAAAUGGUACAUUUCAUACAACAGUUCAAUGCCCUAAAUAGUAGAAUGCCCUAUAUAGUAGGGAAAGGGGGAUACCUAGUCAGUUGUACAACUGAAUGCAUUCAACUGAAAUGUGUCUUCCGCAUUUAACCCAACCCCUCUGAAUCAGAGAGGUGCUGCCUUAAUCGACAUCCACGGCGCCCGGGGAACAGUGGGUUAACUGCCUUGCUCAGGGGUAGAAAGACAGAUUUUUACCUUGUCAGCUCGGGGAUUCGACCCAGCAACCUUUUGAUUACUGGCCUAAUGCUCCUACCCGCCAGGCUACCUGCCGCCCACUAUAUAAUGCCCUAUGUAGUAUAAUGCCCUAUAUAGUAUAAUGCCCUAUGUGGUAUAAUGUCCUAUAUAGUAUAAUGCCCUAUAUAGUAUAAUGUCCUAUAUAGUAUAAUGCCCUAUAUAGUAUACUGCCCUAUAUAGUAUAAUGCCCUAUAUAGUAUAAUGUCCUAUAUAGUAUAAUGCCCUAUAUAGUAUAAUGUCCUAUAUAGUAUAAUGCCCUAUAUAGUAUAAUGUCCUAUAUAGUAUAAUGCCCUAUAUAGUAUAAUGUCCUAUAUAGUAUAAUGCCCUAUAUAGUAUAAUGUCCUAUAUAGUAUAAUGCCCUAUAUAGUAUAAUGUCCUAUAUAGUAUAAUGCCUUAUAUAGUAUAAUGUCCUAUAUAGUAUAAUGCCUUAUAUAGUAUAAUGCCCUAUAUAGUAUAAUGUCCUAUAUAGUAGCUCUUAUUACGGUAUUAUCAAGUCGUCCAGGUUUUCCCAUAGUUAUGCCAUCUUAAAUACUGUAUAUGAACAAAGUCGACUGUCUCUGUACAGUAAAACGUCCUAUUGCUACAAUAUCUAUCUGAUUGACAGCUGUCAUUCACCCUUGACCCCUGUGCUCUGUGCCCAUAUAAGGACAUGAGUCAGAAAUGCAACGAGGAGGAUAAGUCCCUCAGCUCAGAGACCUUCUCUAAGGUGUCUCUGACCAACCUGCGCAGACAGGCUGUACCCGACCUCUCCUCUGACCUGGGGAUGAACCUCUUCAAAAAGGUGAGAUGAAUGGAGAUACUGUAGACCCAUAUACAAGUUGUAGAAUCUAGCUUUAUUGUAAUAUGGCAUCUGAAAAGCAUGUGUGAUUUAUAUUGUCUUUCUAUUAGCCUCACUCUUUCUCUGUCUCUCUUUCUCUCUAGGUAAUCUAUCAUUGUCUUCUUUGUCCAUGUAAAUCAUUUCAAACAUUUUUCUCCCUUUUGUUCCUUUUACACUUUAAUAUGUUUCGACCUCUAAAUCAACGGCUCAGUUUACCAUUAUACGCAGCUGACUCUUCCAAGGUCGAAACCAAAUCAACACUACACAACCCUGCAGAAGUUGGAACAUUUAGAAUAAAUGUGUUUGUCUUGUCUCUCCUCCUACUGACUGUGGUACAGUUCAAGAACCGGCGGGAGGACCGCGAGCGUAAGGGCUCCAUCCCGUUCCACCACACGGGCAAGAAGCGCCAGCGCCGCAUGGGCGUGCCUUUCCUGCUCCACGAGGACCACCUGGACGUGUCACCCACCCGAUCUACCUUCUCCUUCGCCAGCUUCUCUGGCGACGACCGGCGGGCGCUGGAGCGUGGGGGCUGGCAGGCUACCAUCAUGGGUACCAUACCAGAUCUGGGUUCAAACACUUUUUGAAAUUCUGUGAAAUAUGUUUUAGCAUUUGUGUGUUAGCGUUUGAUUGAGCGCUUCCUUUAGCCUGCCUGGAGUGUCAGAUGGGCGGGGUUUGCAGUUUUGCGACUUUUCUAUUGGUUCCAUUGCACCAGGCAAGCUCAAUCAAGCUCAGCUAAAGUAUUUGAAAUGAUUUCGAAUAGUAUUUGAACCCAGGUCUGUAUAUGACCAACACCACCCACUCACUGUUUUAUCUCUCUGUCUUUCUACUGAUAGAUCUAUCUCUGUCUCUAUCAAUAUAUUUUACUAUUCAUGUCUAUCCAUCUAUUGAUAUAUCUAUUUUCUAUCAAUAGAAACUUAAAAUGUACAGGGAAAAUAACUGUAGCCUGUAUAGUAAAAGGAAUGUAAAGGAGGACAUGCCCUGGUACUGUUUGUUGCUGGUAUGUUGUUGUGUGUGAGGGUUCCAUCUCUUCCUACAGGCCUAGUCCUCUGGCUCCCAUUAGCUGAGUCAGAGGAGUUAGUCACCUGACAGCAGCAGAACUGGGUCAGCCUCAUUAACUUAAUGUUUGUCUGGUGGUUAGGAAAGGCUGUUGCUGUUAAUGUUUCGCAAAAGGUGCACAGAAAAAGGGACCUUCUCAUUCAAAAGUAACCGUUUGUUUAAAAGCCCUAUACUUUUGGCCCUACUUUUGUAAUGGAAAGAUGUGGGUUAACUGGUUGGAUGUGGUAUGCAUUGUUUUGUGGCAAUGUGAGGGAGCUCAUUUGGCUAUUAAGCAGUCUUAUAAGGCAGGGUAGUGGAACGUGAGUUUGGUUGUCUGAAUGAGUGUGUGUUUGGAUGUAAUGGUGUGUGUUGGUGUCUUUCACUCAGAGUUGUGUGUUUGGUGGUGUUUUAGGUAAGUUGACGCGGCGAGGGAGCUCAGACACGGCUGCAGACGCAGACAACCUGAGCGCUAAACACUCACACUCCCAUCACUCCCUGCUCAGAGACAUGCCAGACCACUCCAACAGCCACGGCGACAACACCGUACACGCCAAGGGGGAGGGUAAGAGUCUAUACACCCACAACACCGUACACACCUAGGGGGAGGGUAAGAGAGUCCAUACACCCAUAUGCUGUCAUCACCCACAGUUACAGUUGAAGUCGGAAGUUUACAUACACUUAGGUUGGAGUCAUUAAAGCUUGUUUUUCAACCACUCCACACAUUUCUUGUUAACAAACUAUAGUUUUGGCAAGUCGGUUAGGACAUCUACUUUGUGCAUGACACAAGUCAUUUUUCCAACAAUUGUUUACAGACAGAUUAUUUCACUUAUAAUUCACUGUAUCACAAUUCCAGUGGGUCAGAAGUUUACAUACACUAAGUUGACUGUGCCUUUAAACAGCUUGGAAAAUUCCAGAAAAUGAUGUCAUGGCUUUAGAAGCUUCUGAUAGGCUAAUUUACAUAAUUUGAGUCAAUUGGAGUUGUACCUGUGGAUGUAUUUCAAGGCCUACCUUCAAACUCAGUGCCUCUUUGCUUGACAUCAUGGGAAAAUCAUCCACAAGUCUGGUUCAUCCUUGGGAGCAAUUUACAAACGCCUGAAGGUACCACGUUCAUCUGUACAAACAAUAGUACGCAAGUAUAAACACCAUGGGACCACGCAGCAGUCAUACCUCUCAGGAAGGAGAUGUGUUCUGUCUCCUAGAGAUGAACAUACUUUGGUGCGAAAUGUGCAAAUCAAUCCCAGAACAACAGCAAAGGACCUUGUGAAGAUGCUGGAGGAAACAGGUACAAAAGUAUCUACAGUAAGACGAGUCCUAUAUCGACAUAACCUGAAAGGCCGCUCAGCAAGGAAGAAGCCACUGCUCCAAACCGCCAUAAAAAAGCCAGACUACGGUUUUCAACUGCACAUGGGGACAAAGAUUGUACUUUUUGGAGAAAUGUCCUCUGGUCUGAUGAAACAAAAAUAGAACUGUUUGGCCAUAAUGACCAUCGUUAUGUUUGGAGGAAAAAGGGGGUUACUUGCAAGCCGAAGAACACCAUCCCAACCGUGAAGCACGGGGGUGGCAGUAUCAUGCUGUGAGGGUGCUUUGCUGCAGGAGGGACUGGUGCACUUCAGAAAAUAGAUUCGAAAUUCGAAAAUUAUGUGGAUAUAUUGAAGCAACAUCUCAAGACAUCAGUCAGGAAGUUAAAGCUUGGUCGCAAAUGGGUCUUCCAAAUGGGCAAUGACCCCAAUCAUACUUCCAAAGUUGUGGCAAAAUGGCUUAAGGACAACAAAGUCAAGGUAUUGGAGUGGCCAUCACAAAGCCCUGACCUCAAUCCUAUAGAAACUGUAUGGGCAGAACUGGAAAAGCGUGUGCGAGCAAGGAGGCCUACAAACCUGACUCAGUUACACCAGCUCUGUCAGGAGGAAUGGGCCAAAAUUCACCCAACUUAUUGUGGGAAGCUUGUGGAAGGCUACCCGAAACGUUUGACCCAAGUUAAACAAUUUAAAGGCAAUGCUACCAAAUACUAAUUGAGUUUAUGUAAACUUCUGACUCACUGGGAAUUUGAUGAAAGAAAUAAAAGCUGAAAUAAAUAAUUCUCUCUACUAUUAUUCUGACAUUUCACAUUCUUAAAAUAAAGUUGUGAUCCUAACUGACCUAAGACAGGGAAUUUUUACUAGGAUUAAAUGUCAGGAAUUGUGAAAAACUGAGUUUAAAUGUAUUUGGCUAAGGUGUAUGUAAACUUCCGACUUCAACUGUAUGAACUGAAUACCUUCAAUUAAAUAUUCAUCCAUCCAUCCAUCCAUCCAUCACUCCAUUCAUCACUCCAUCCAUCCAUCCAUCACUCCAUUCAUCACUCCAACCAUCACUCCAUCCAUCCAUCAUCCAUCACUCCAUCCAUCACUCUAUUCAUCCAUCCAUCCUUCCAUCCCUCCAUCAUCCAUCCAUCCCUAUCCAUCCUUCCAUCCCUCCCUCCAGCCAUUCAUCCAUCCAAAAUAUUGAUUAUCUCUAAAUCUGUGAAUGUCUCCUCCCCCUCUCCUCCUCUCCUCCUCUCCUCCCACCCCUCUCCCCCAGUGCGUUCACAGAUUUCCACCAUCACCAUGGCGACAUUCAACACCACAGUGGCGUCCUUCAACGUGGGCUACGCCGACUUCUUCACCGAGCACAUGAAGAAGCUGUGCAACCCUGUGCCCAUUCCUGAGAUGCCAAGCGAGCCGCUGGCAUGCGCCAACCUGCCCCGGAGCCUCACCGACUCGUGCAUCAACUACUCAUGCCUGGAGGAGGGAGACAACAUUGAGGGCACCAACAACUUCAUCCUGAAGAAUGGCAUGCUGGACCUUACGGUGAGUGGCAGUGAAAAAGAGCGCCACCUGUUGGUCGGAGGUCUCUGACAGGGUUUCUGUACUGGAGGAAUGACCAGGGAUCACUACAUACUACACCACAGCUCCAAUAUCAUGCGUCACACUACCAUGUCAUUGCUAAACCAUUGGGUUUUAUUGACAAUUUAGUCAUUUAGAAGACGCUCUUAUCCAGAGUGACUUACAGUUAGCGCAUUCAUCUUAAAUUUAAGGUAGCUAGAUGAGACAACCACAUAUCACAGUCAAGUAAAUGUCCUGCCUGGUUCCUGUCUGGUUCCUGCCUGGACAACACUUGGGGAGGAAUUAGUAGGGAAGCUUGGGAGAAUGUUGGAUUUAUGGAUGGAUGGAUGGAUGAUGGAUGGAUGGUGUGUUGGAUGGAUGCUCUUCAUUUGACUGUGUCCAACCCCUGACACUCACCCAUCUGUCUCCCUUCGUCUCCCCGUCUACUCCCUCCCAGGCCAUCCUGCGGGCGGUCUACGCCGUGCUGACCCAUGACAUCAGCUCACGGAUCUGUGACGUGUCGCUCAACAUCAUCGACUGCCUGCUACAGCUGGGGGUGGUGCCAGGCAUGGGCAAGAAGCUCUCCAAGCCCGACGACAAGGAGAAUGAUGAGACACGCCUCCCAAAGGAGGGGGCCAAUCAGGGCCUGGGUGUUGCCCAAGGGGGUGUUUCUGGAGGGUGCAGUGGGGCGGCGCCAGGGGGAGGGGGUGGAGGAGGAGGAGGGGAUGGAGGAGGAGGAGGUGGGGGAAGUGGAGGAGGGAGCGGAGGAGGGAGCAAGGAUGACGUGAAGAACAACAAGGAGAAAGACAGCAAGGUGGGUGUGAGAAUACGUCUAUGAGUUUUGAACGUACAUUUAUCUUUCAACUGAUCUCAUUUCAUAUGCCGUACGUUGGAGAAACGGGAAAAUGUCGCCGCACACUUCCAGUCAGAUGCAUAUUUAUUUCAUUGUGGCUGAGCUUCCGGUCAGUCGACCUUCAUCAGAGCAGGUCUCCACAAACUAUAGCGGGACAGAAUGUCACAGAGAGAGACAUAGAUAAUUACAGACACCUGUGGUAAUCUAAAGUACCCCAAAGGACCACUAGAUCAGGGGUAUUCAACUCUUACACUACGAGGUCCGGAGCCUGCUGGUUUUCUGUUCUACCUGAUUAAUUGCACACACCUGGUGUCCCAGGUCUAAAUCGGUCCCUGAUUAGAGGGGAACAAUGAAAAAAAUGCAGUGGAACUGACUUCGAGGUUCAGAGUUGAGUUUGAGGGCACUAGAUAAUAUCAUAAUAUCAGAUAGAAAUACAAAUAUUAGAUACGAUAGACGAUAUUAUAUAUGUCAUUCUACUAGAACAAAACACAAAAUAAAACGUGUUAGUAUAAGUAAUAUGGCCAUAACCUGUCAACUUUUGUGAAUUUUAUAUGUAGCAUUUAUUUCCUAUGCCUUCUCUUUAACUCCAAGGAGGAAGGCUCUUCACUGAGUACCCACAGGCUGGCUCUCACCAUGCUCAUCAAGAUGGUCAAGUCUCUGGGUUGUGCUUACGGCUGUGGGGAGGGCCACAGAGGACUCUCAGGGGACCGCCUCCGCAUGCAGGUCCGACAACUCACAGAUUGCCCCUUUAACAAGGUUUAAUUAAAUGUACUUUAUUUAGUUAUAUAUUUAUAUUUUCAUUGAGGUAAAACUUAUUUCGCAAGAGAGAGACCUGGUCCAAGAAACAGUAGCAAUUGACAACAUAGAACCUGUUGGAUUUAUUAGGGGCUUUAUCAGAGUGAAUAGAAACCACCAUCCGGUUGAGAUAGGUGGUGUUUGAAUCUGAGACAUCCGCCAUUUUGGAUCUACUGUUCCCCUUGUUCGCCAUACAGGCCCAGCACUGCCUGACCAACCUGUACAAGCUGGACAAGCUGCAGUUCCGUCAGACCAUGAGGGACUACGUCAACAAGGACUCGCUCAACAACAUCGUGGACUUCCUGCAUGCACUCCUGGGCUUCUGCAUGGAGCCCAUCACCGACAGUAAGUGUUUGUGAGGCAUGCCCGGAUGUGUGCGUGUUGCUAUGUAGUCACGGCUAGCCACACACAGCAGCCUCACCCCCCCCCCCCCCCCCCCCCCCUCAACCUCUCUGAUGGUAGGACUGAUAAAGCAUGUCACACUACGCAACUCGUCCAAUCAGCCUCCACUGACAUCACACAAUUCACUGCUCACUCUUGUUUGUCAAUGCAGAGGGAUUUGUAUUAUUCUCCAAAAUCAUUCAAAAAAUUAAUAAAUAGAAAACAAUUUAAUCAUAAAGUGUUUUGAAAUGCUCUGGGAUUAAUUUGCAAUCAGGUGAAUUGGUGAGUUGCGUGAGUUGCCUUCUCUAAAACUAAAUCAUACAUUUUGUCAUUUGUAAUUCAUUCUAAUCUAUCACAACAAUCAAAUCACACUAAACAUAUAAAUUAAUGAAUGUAUAAUCACAUUCUUAUUGCAAUCAUUAAAAUGUAAGGUCCAGCAGUGUAUCAAUCUCCAGAUUAAAAAACAAACAGGAGAGAAUGAGAUUGACAGACGACUAAUACUUGCUUAAAAUGUCUUAUACCAUAAUCCAGUCCACUCUGCUCCACGAUGCUGAAUCUGACCUCUCUCAUACCUCGACUGCAUCCCAGAGCUCUCAUUGUUUGCCUACCGGCUGUCUCUCUGUUUCUGUGUCUGUUCUGUCGCCCUCCCUCCCUCCCGCCACUCAUCUCAACUGUCCCGCCUUCCCUCCCUCUGUCCUGCUCUCCUCUCCUCUUCCUGUUCCCCCCAUCCACCUAAACAAGCAAUGUUCCCCUCCUCCCUUCACUCGCUCAUCCACUCUGUACACUUGCCAAUCCGAUGCUGUGUGGUGCUCAUCACAUCUCUAUCUAUGGCUUUAUGGCUCAACAUGAAUUAAAAACCGUAAUGACUGUAAUAGCAUAUCUCUAUUUUUGUGAGUGAAAUGACCACUUGAUUUUCUGAUUGAACUGUAUCAUUGGCAAGUUACCGAACUGAUGGGGGCUUUAUUAACGAAAGUGCACGGGUCACCCCUUUUAGGUUCUUUAUUGUAAUUCAGUUAAGUGGUGUGAGUCCAUGUGUACGUGUGUGCGUGUGUGUGCUUUUGUGUGCGUGUGUACUGUAAAUUCACCUACGUCCGGUGGUGUGGGGGUGCCGUGUCACGUACAUGUGUGUGCUGCUGGCCUGACCAUCAUCAACUUGUGUACCGCAUCUCUUCUCUUGCAGAGUACGGCAAUGCAGGUGAGAGGUCCAGGAGGGCGAAAAAAAGAACCAUCGGUAGAUACACUAAUAUCUAAAUAAACUGCCCCAAUCAGACCACCAUUCCUUCUAGGCACUGCUCCCAUUUCUGCACACCAUCACUCUUGUCUAAAGUGGCAAUCUAAUCUAUCUAAUCUAUCGAUCUAUCAAUCUAUCUAAUCUAUCUAAUCUAUCUAAUCUAUCUAAUAUAUUUUAUCUAUCAAUCUAUCUAAUAUAUCUAAUCUAUCAAUCUAUCCAAUCUAUCUAAUCUAUCAAUCUAUUUUAUCUAUCUAAUCUAUCUAAUCUAUCAAUCUAUCCAAUCUAUCUAAUCUAUCUAAUCUAUCGAUCUAUCAGUCUAUCAGUCUAUCUAAUCUAUCCAAUCUAUCCAAUCUAUCAAUCUAUCAAAUCUCUCUCUCUCUCCUCUCCUCUCCUCUCGUCUCGCUCUCUCUCCUCUCUCCUCUCUCUCUCUCUCUCUCUCUCUCUCUCUCUCUCUCACACUCUCUCUCUCUCUCUGUCUCUGUUAUCCUCCUAUCCCUCCCUCCCCUCCUCCUUCCUAUCUAUCUAUCUAUCUAUUAAUCUAUUUUAUCUAUCUAUCUAUCUAUCUAUCUAUCUAAUCUA